AUGGCAACUAAGGCACCAAGGCGGGCGCUGAUUGUCCAGAUCCAACGACGACUUUCAAGUUUUAGCACAAGUCAGCUGCUAACAAUCGUUAAUGCCAUUGAUGACGGCAACAUCACAGCCAUCGAUGAUGAGUCAAGUGACAGUGACCUGUAUGAACUCAUUGUUGACUAUGUGAGAAGUGACAAGCUGAAGGCACUUGAGGAUGAAGGCAUGUCACAGCUGCUUGUUUUGGACGAUUUGACGAGCGAUCUACUGAAACCUGCUGCUGCCAUGGGUCCUGGAGGCGAUGAUCCUGCCACAACCCACACCAGCGAUCCUUCAUCUCCUCAGCACAACGAACUCCACUCCUUACACCUCAACGACAUCCCUGGAGAAGAUCAUAAUACAGGAACACCUCUGAGGCGGCUCCCUGCCCCAGACCAAACCAGCGGAAGUGUUGGACUCCCACGGGGACACAGGGCCAUAGGUUGUCUACAGCGCAACGUGUCGGGAAACGUGAUGCGGUCACAGGAGAGGGGCAGCCAGUGA